CCAGCAACCACUGGCAGUAAAAUAGCAAUCAAACAAAUAUUAUUACAAUUCUAUUUCACCGUCAGCGAACACAAAAAUCUAUCGACCCCGAACCCCCGACCAUUGGCAAUACGAUACGAUAACCUCCCCGAUCCACACGCGCCCUCCGCCUCGCCGCCGCCGCCGCGUCGCGUGCAGCAGCAGUGCAGCACCUUUUUUUCCCUCCCCCCUUUGGCCCAGACCAGACCAGACCAGACCAGACCAGACCAAACCACACACAACCACGACAAACCCGAUACGACCUACCUACAUAACACCCCGUCCAACUAUCCCCUGAACCUCCAGAAUAUCCUAUACACGCCGCAGCGAAAGAGAAGACAGAAGAAAAGCAGGUCGGCCGACGACGAUGCCUCGAAAAUCCACCUCCACGCCCGCGGCAGACGAAACCACACCGAUGUCGUCGUCCUCGCCACAAUCCCAAUCCCAAUCCCAACCCCAAUCCCAAUCGCAGACUUCGCAGUCCCAGAUACAAUCGCAGAUCCAGCUGCCCCCGUCUCUACCGCAGGGGCAGACUGUUGAGGCGACGGAGCAACAGCUUAAGGCUCGUGCGGAGGGGGGGGUCAGUAUUGAGGAUUACCUCCUCCCCCGAUCCCUCACCCUUCGUCUUGCGAAAUCCGUCCUGCCCCCGAAUACGUCCAUACAGAAGGAUGCGGUGCUGGCGAUACAGAAGGCCGCGACGGUGUUUGUCUCGUAUUUGUCUUCGCACGCCAACGAAGCCACCCUAAAGCGAACAGUCGCGCCAUCCGACGUCUUCAGCGCGAUAUCCGAGCUCGAGUUCGAGGGGUUCCGGGCGCGACUUGAGAAAGAGCUGGAUGCGUUUACGGAGAUGAAGGCUGGGAAGAGGAGGGGGGGAGGAGGAGGAGGAGGAGGAGGAGGAGGAGGGAAGAAAGGGUCUUCGUCUGCUGGUGGGGAGGGUGAUGGGAAGGGCGAUGAUGGAGAGGAAGAGAGCGCGGGUCGGGGAGCGAAGAGGGUGAAGAGGGUGGGUUUGGAUGAGGAAGAAGAAGAAGACAAGGAUCGUGAUGGCGAUGAGACGCAGGAGGAGGAGGGGAGGGAUGGGGAUGGGGAUGUGCCAGUGGAUGGUGAUAAUGAGACGGAGGUGGAAGGUGAGGAGGAAGAGGAUGAGGAGGAGGAAGAGGAGGAAGAAGAAGAUGAGGAGGAAGAGGAGGACAGGAAGGAUCGGUUUGAGGAUGAUGAUAUUGAUCGCGUGGAGGAUCUGGAUCGGUCUGCGCGGGACAAGCGCGGCAUGAAUCCGGAUGUUGAGGGGGAUGACACGGACACUGAGGAUGAGGAUGAGGAUGGGCCGGGGAGUCAACUGCGAGGGGAUCUCGGUUUGGGCUGAUGACUAGUCGACUGACCUGACCUGACUGACUGACUGACUGACUGACUGGUUUUACUAAAGUCUACGCGAUGGAUGCUGUGAAUGUUGCAUGAAUGUCAACCAACUUGAUUAUAUCCAGUGU